AUGGCGGACACUGCGCCCACGAUCCCCUCUCUCAAGGAAUCAUUCAUAACCGCCCAAACAAACAUCAUCCCCCAGCCCCUUGUCCCGUCCCGUAUGUGGCGCCGCAACAACAACGCGUCAAGCAAUCCCAUUCCGGCGCGUGUUCUCGACGACGUCCUGUUCAACCUCAACCAAAGGAUCCAACUACACCACCGACGCGUAUACCCCCCACAAGCGACCUACAAUGUUGCCGAACAGAUUAGUAAUUUAUACUCUCGAGAUGCUGAAGAAAGAGUGAAGAAGUGGAAGAAGUCAGAAAGCACUAUUGGACGAGAGCUGGACUUGGCUGCGGAUGACGCGAUUGAAGAACUGCCUUCUUCGUGGCCGAUUGAGACCGACGUCGAGAAGUACCCCGAGGAAACGGAACAAUAUGAAGCAAUUGUCCUAUGA